AUGCUCGUCUCGGCCCUGCUCACGGCUCUUUGCGCCGCCCGAGCCGUCAAUGCUCUCGCGCAGGAACCUACUAUCGCUUUCCACAGCGGAAAGGACUCGGUCAGGCUUGGUGGGAAAGGCACUCCUGGUGUGAUACUGCUAGACGGAGAUGACUGGCCUGGGGUCAUCAGAGCUGCUGGUGAUCUUGCUGCGGAUUUCGGUCGCGUCACUGGGACGAACUUGACACGGCACCUGCUCAAUGGCACAACUUCGAACUCGUAUCGUGCGAAAACGGCCAUUAUCGCUGGUACAAUUGGACACUCGGAGCUUCUCGAUUCUCUCAUCAACAGUGGCAAGAUCGACGUCAAUUCAACAGAGGGAAAGUGGGAGGCAUUUCAGACGGAACUUGUCAAGAACCCCAUCGACGGCGUUGCAAACGCCCUGGUCAUCGCGGGAAGCGAUAAGCGUGGUGCGAUCUACGGUCUCUAUGAUAUUUCCGAGCAGAUUGGUGUCUCGCCGUGGUACUGGUUUGCUGAUUCCGCCCCGGCGCAACACCCGCAAAUUUACGCGUUGAAAAAGAAGAAGACCCAGGGCUCUCCGUCUGUCAAGUACCGUGGUAUCUUCAUCAACGACGAACAGCCGGCUAUCACGAACUGGAUCAAUGCAAACUACCCCGAGGGAAAGUACGGUCCGGGGUUCAAUGCUGACUUCCAUUCCCAUGUCUUCGAGCUCCUCCUUCGUCUCCGUGCCAACUACCUUUGGCCCGCGUCGUGGAAUAACAUAUUUCACCUGGACGAUCCCCGAAACUCGCCUAGUGCAGAUGAGUAUGGUAUUGUUAUGGGCACUAGCCAUACCGAGCCGAUGAUGCGCUGGACGAAGGAACAGCAUCUCUUGUUGAAUGGCGACUGGAAUUGGGAUACCAAUCGGGAAAAUGUUACUGCAUUCUUCAAAGAAGGGGCUGAGCGAACCAAGGAUUUCGAGAGCCUCUACACGCUGGGUAUGCGUGGGCUUGGGGAUGUCGCCUCUCCAACGAUCACUGCCAAAUCUCUCGGAGAUAUUGUCAACACUCAGCAGCAAGUCCUGUCGGAUGUGUUCAAUGUGUCGGACGUUUCGUCGAUUCCUCAGAUGUGGUGUUUGUACAAGGAAGUCGGUGGCUAUUUCCAGGACGGUCUGCGUGUCCCGGACGAUAUCACUCUCCUUUGGGCCGACGACAACUGGGGCAAUAUCCAGCGAUUGCCUGUGGAUAACGAGACAGGCCGAGAGGCUGGCGCCGGUGUCUACUACCAUUUCGACUACGUCGGUGAUCCCCGUGACUACAAAUGGAUCAACACCAUCUCCCUCCAGAAGACGUGGGAACAGAUGCAUCUAGCAUAUAAGCGCGAUGCGCGACAGAUUUGGAUAGUCAACAUGGGAGAUCUCAAGGGACUGGAAUUGCCCCUGAGCCAUUUCAUGGACCUGGCGUAUGAUACGCCGCGCUGGUCCUCCCCUGACAGCACGUCUGAAUGGCUUACGCUUUGGGCCGCUCGCGAGUUUGGCAGCCCAAUAGCUAAGAAGACGGGCGACAUCAUGAACCGAUAUGGCAUGUAUGCCGCCCGACGGAAGUAUGAGCUCCUCAGCCCACAGACGUUCAGCCUGAUCAACUACAACGAGGCAGACAAUGUUCUGCAGGAGUGGGAGGAACUUGUGAAAGACGCUCAGCAGGUCUAUGACAGUCUUCGGCCGGUCGCACGUCCUGCGUUCUUCGAAAUGGUGUUGCACCCCUGCAUGGCCGGGUAUGUCGUGACUGACAUCCACAUCACUGCUGGCAAGAACAAUCUGUACGCGGGACAGCGACGGACCAGUGCCAAUGCCCUCGCGCAGAAAGCCCUGAAACUUUUCAAAGAGGAUCACGAGCUAACCCAGCGGUAUCAUAAUCUCUUGGAUGGGAAAUGGAUGCAUAUUAUGGACCAGACUCAUCUCGGAUAUGACUACUGGCAACAACCAAUGAGAAACACACUCCCUCCUCUAGCAUACACUCAACUUCUUGAAGAGAGCCUUGCUGGAAACAUGGGUGUGUCCGUCGAAGGUAGCAAUGCAUCGGUGCCUGGAGAUGACCGGUGGCAUUCCUUGUCCAGCAACACGCUGACUUUGCCGCCAAUUGAUCCCUACGGACCGAACAGAUGGAUUGAGGUAUAUUCACGCGGUACAGAGGGGUUUCAGCUCACAGUCAGCCCUCAUGAUUCUUGGGUCAAAGCGACACCCUCCUCGGGUAUGAUCUCGCCUUCUGGGGCUAACACUGACAUUCGAGUACAACUGUCUGUCGAUUGGGACAAAGCACCUGCGGGCUCGAGCAUGGCACUUAUCAACGUGACGGUGGCUUCUGAUGACUAUGGCAAUUUCGAUAUGCCUAUCGUCCAGCUUCCAGUGAACAAGACGUCGGCGCCUGCCUCAUUCCGCGGGUUUGUUGAGUCGGACGGUACGGUUAGCAUCGAAGCAGAGCACACGUCCCGAAAUACUUCUGCAGGAAACACAUCCUACGCUGUGGUCCCCGGAUAUGGGCGCACGCUUUCAGGGGUGACAUUGCUUCCGGCCCUGGCGGAGACCCAACAGCCGCCUUCGUCUCCCCGACUGGAAUACGAUAUGUAUAUCUUCUCAAAUGUUACAACGGCAAAGGCUACUGUCUAUCUCGGGCCGUCCCUCAACACAAACCCGUCCCGACCUCUGAAAUACGCGAUCGCUUUCAAUGACGCCGAGCCUGAGAUUGUGCAGUUUGUUCCCUCUACGCCGCUGGGCACUCUCCCGUCCAACUGGGGUCAGACCGUCAGCAACGCCGUGUGGACAAACACGACGAGACAUGAGAUAUCUGGAGGGGGCAGUAAGAACACGGUGAAAUUGUGGGCCGUCGAGCCGGGCGUUGUCUUCCAGAAGGUGGUCGUCGACUUGGGUGGUGUCCGCGAGAGCUACCUGGGGCCUCCAGAGAGCCAGAUUGUGUGAGGGGGUGAGGACUGUAUACCACCAUGGCCGUGGCUUUCUCUAACUAUUAGUCUAUGCCGUGUCUAUAGUUUCAUUUGUAUGCAAUUUCCAUCUGACCAGUCUCGUAGACGACUUGCUUGUAGAAGUAGCACCAUGUAGUACAAUUAGGGCAAGCGGCGGCAGAUAAUCUCCCUCCUAUACUUGUAUUCUUACAUGCCUCAGGGUGUUCCCUCCCGCGCGGUGUGUAGCUCGCUUCUGUCACCAGUACUGGGCCAGCGAGGAGGUCCUGUCUGUACGUUACGC